GAAUCUGAGUAUAAAGAGAAAUUGUGCUGAGUUUGUUGUGUGAGAUGUCAAUCCUUUGCUUGAUCUUAUAAUUAGGUAUUUAUAGCACCUUGGCAGCAUGGUGGAGAUCUGCGGCAGCAUCUUGAAAGACCAACGGCAGCAUAAUAUCUGCAACAAAUUGAUUAAUUUGUUGGUGCUGCAAUUAUCCUCCGGGAAGCUCGCAACAAAAGAACGGUUUUGCUGCCGUUGAGGAAAUAACCACUCAAUCUUAUCUGAAGAAAUCCACACCAACAUUCAACUACUAAAAUAUCUACCAUCAUAGGUAACACGUGGCAACACUUCAUUUGUUGUAAAAUUAAAUGUAAACACACACACACACACACACAAAAAAAAAAGAUCCAGAGAAGAUAUUCUAUGGGGCAUUGUGUUUCCCAACUCUGAUAUUAUUUGAUUGAAUGAUGCUUUUGUUUGUAUGGACUUCUAAUUGGAUCCGAUUAUUACUUGUAAUUUCCAAUUAUCGUUUCAUUUCCGUCUGAAUCCUUAAACUAUUUUUAGUCUGGUACCGAUACAACUCCUUUCUAUCACAUAAAAACUCAAUCCAUAUGCUAUUAAAAUUACCGUAAACAAAUGCAGCAACAGACUUAGAACUAACUGUAAUCUCUCGGCUAAAUAGAGAAGCAAAAAUAUGAUAAAGAAUUUCAGUCCAAGCCAAAGCUCCAUCUAAUACUAAACUGUCAAUCAUGACAGUGAUUAAUGAUCAGCAUCCACUGUAAUUAGGCAUGUGGUAAUUUUUUGAUCAGCCUACGCAUAUGGUUAUAUAAUAGCUGAAUCCUAAAUGCAAGCAGAAAAUAACAAGAUUCAAGAAAAGAUUCACAAAUCAGAAAAACAAAUGACUUACAGAUUCAGUUGGAGAAUUGGAUGGGCUAUUGCUCCAGCUUUUGCUGCAUCUGCAAUCCGAAACAUUCAUGUCAAAAUUACAGAUUCUGCUCCAGCACCUUUCCAAGAAGCUGCCUUAACUGCUUUGACAAGCCCCCCUGAAUAUUUUGAAGGACUGAAAAAAGAAUAUGAGUUUAAAAGGGAUUUCCUUGUGAAGGUGCUCACCUCAGUUGGUUUUCAAAUUCAUUCUAAGCCCCAAGGUUCCAUCUUUUUAUUUGCAGAGCUUCCUAAGAAUUGCUUGCUUUCUGAUGUGGAAUAUGUCAAGGAAUUAAUAAAAGAGGCAGGGGUGGUUGCUGUACCAGGAUGUGGGUUUUUUCAUACAAAGCUUUCUAUGGAGCCAUCAUCUGAGGCAAGUUGCAACUACCCGAAGAGAUAUGUAAGGUUUGCCUUCUGCAAAAGUAUUGCCACUUUGGCAGCCGCUGCACAAAAGUUUAGUGAUCUUAAGAAUGCUACCAGGUAUGAACACCCCUCGUAUAUGAGGUGUGUUAAGGGAUGAAAGAGAGUUAUAUUUUAUUGUAUAAUCCAGAUAAAAAAAAAAAAACAGAAUGAUAUGCUUACAAUGUCACGUGAUAUUAUAAAUUUAUACCAUAUGU